AUGGCGAUCUGUACUUAUAACGCUCGUACGCUUGCAUCGGAAGCGGCUAUCGAAGAUCUGAUGAUGCAAGCCAAGAAGAUCAAGUACGACGUCAUCGGACUGAACGAGACGAGACGACGUCACCCUCUCAACGCCGUGUAUGAAACUGGAGAAGAACUGUUCUUAGGAACAUGCGACAGUAGAGGUGUUGGUGGAGUUGGCGUCCUCGUCAACACGAGAACGGCAAAGAACAGCGACUUCUUCGGACAACUUACGACCCGAAUCGAACGGCUGCGGAUAAGAAGAUGUGGUCCAACGCCGGCUUUGACAAUCUUCGUCUCUUACGCUCCAACAUCAAGCUACGAAGAAGAAAAUGUCGAAGCUUUCUAUAUGGACCUAGAGAAAACUAUCAAUAACUGGGAUCUUUUCGCCACGCCUUUCGGACUCGGGUCGGGCUUUUGGGAAGAUUCCACAGUGGACAGCAUCGACGGGCAAUACGAUCGGCUCGUUGAACAUCUUCAUGACAGCCAGAGGGAGGCUCACAGUUCUAAAACCACCAAGAGAUGCCCGUUCCCGGAAACUCUAGGGCUGAUACGUGAGCGUGGAGCUGCACGAGCAGCAGGCAACCAGCAACUCACGUCCGAGUUUGCAUGGCUUUGCAGAGAUGCGAUAAAGCAAGACCUCAAAGAGAGGAAAGCAGAAGUGUUGGCUGAUGCUGCUGAGGCAGAAAAAGCAUUCGAUACGCUCGUCGAGAAUUCGCCAAUCGAAAGACGAGGAUGA